AUGACGAGACUCUACGGAACAUGGCUGGGUAGACACGUCAAGAAGCAUCGUCGCAAGCGGGAAGAGAAAGCACGACGACGGGAACGUCGGCAGCUCAGAACCAAGAGGACAGAACAGCUGCCGCGGAUGGAACAACAACAGGCCCCUUUGGGUACUACGAUUGAUGAAGAAAUGCAAUCAGACAGCAAUGCUGGACUUGGAACAGUGUCUCUCUGCGAUACUAUAUCAUUUCCAGAGACAAAUAUGGCAAGAGAGCAGAGUGGCAGUAUGGAACAUGACCAACAAAGUAUUAAAUUAGAUGAGAACCUGGACAGUAACCCUAGGGGAGGUGAUGAAAGUGUUUCUACAAAAGACACUGAUGGUAAACCAUCAGUCCUAGUCCAGCAAGCUGAUCAAGAACACUCUAUGAAUUAUGUCAACGACGCGGCAAGCUGCAGCCAGCCUUCAGGGCUCUCCAUGAGGGGAACAUCUCCGGAGCAGGAACAUACAAUAGAAGAACUAGAGAAGAGGUCCUCAGAACACCAACAGGCUGCUGACGAAGAAAUGGGUGAGCCCAGUGCAGAGGCUGAGACUGAUCAAGCAGUGGCACUGGAGGGGGCUCUUGGUCUUGAGCUUGCCCAUUAG